UACAUGUAGGCCUACAGCCCACAACAACAAAACAACUAAUCUUCCCCUUUUGCCAUCUUCUUCUUCUUCAAACCUCCAACUCUCUCCUUUUAAUCUUUCUCUGAAACCAACCAAGAAGCUUGAAAAUGGCGUCUUAUCAAGAAGCAAGGCUAUUGGAGAACGGAAACCUCAAGGAACCGACCGGCAAGGAGAUCAUGAGGCACGGCCGUUCGGCUCGCAAAAUGUCCUCUUCCUCCUUGCGCAAGAAAUCUGACCUCAGGCUUGUUUCCAAAGUUCGCUGCGCCUUGCUCCGAAAUUUGUUGGCUAAUCUGCAAGAGGUCAUUCUGGGGACUAAGCUUUCCGUGCUUUUCCCUGCGAUUCCUCUGGCCAUUGCUGCUGAUUGCUAUGGAUUCGGACGACCGUGGGUUUUUGCGUUGAGCUUACUAGGACUCACACCACUCGCUGAACGAAUCAGCUUCCUGACAGAACAAGUUGCUUAUUACACAGGCCCCACAGUGGGAGGGCUUCUGAACGCGACAUGUGGAAAUGCGACGGAGCUCAUAAUAGCAAUAUUUGCACUCAACAACAAUAAAAUAGCUGUGGUCAAGUAUUCUCUCUUAGGUUCCAUUCUUUCAAACCUGCUCUUAGUCCUUGGAACUUCUCUUUUCUGUGGCGGCAUAGCAAACAUUUCACAGCCACAAAAAUAUGACAGAAGACAAGCAGAUGUGAAUUCACUCAUGCUUCUGCUUGCAUUAUUGUGCCACAUGCUUCCAAUGCUAUUCAGAUAUGCUACUGCCUCAACUGCUCUCGCUGCAGACCCAUCUCUCCAAUUAUCAAGAGCUGCAAGUAUUGUCAUGUUGAUCGCAUAUUUCGUUUACCUUGUCUUUCAACUCUGGACUCAUCGCCAAUUAUUUGAAGCCCAGGCUGAAGACGAUGAUAGUGACAGCGUUUCAGAAGAAGCGGCAGUGAUUGGAUUCUGGAGUGGGUUUGCAUGGCUGGCAGGGAUGACAGUGUUCAUAGCAUUGUUGUCUGAGUAUGUGGUGGAGACAAUAGAGGAUGCAUCAGACUCGUGGGGUCUGUCUGUCAGCUUCCUCAGCAUAAUUUUACUACCAAUAGUAGGAAAUGCAGCUGAACAUGCAGGAGCAAUCAUUUUUGCUUUUAAGAACAAGCUGGACAUCUCUUUGGGUGUUGCUUUGGGUUCUGCAACUCAAAUUAGCUUGUUUGUGGUUCCCCUCUGUGUGAUUAUUUCUUGGAUACUGGGCAACAAAAUGGAUCUUAACUUUAACGUCGUUGAAACGGGUUCACUUGCUUUGGCCAUUAUAGCCACUGCCUUCACUUUACAGGACGGAACGUCUCAUUACAUGAAAGGUUUUAUUCUCCUGCUCUGCUACGUUGUUAUUGGGGCAUGCUUUUUUCUACAGAGAACACCAUUCAACCAAGUUCAUCUCGGCAACAUGGUGCCUAAUUCAGCAACCGACACCGUUUUCAAAGCUUAACUGUGUAAUUUGAUGGCAGGGUCUUGGUCUCUUUGGAUUGCCUCCUUGAGGAUAACAGAUGAAGGGAAGCAGCAUCCAAACUCAGAACAGAUUCAAUGGAUUGAUUAUUCUUUCAUUCCAGUUGUGUCGUUGGUUAUCUCUAGAUUGAAACGUGAAAAUGUUUUGCGUUGCUUUGGGAGGAGCUACUUCUUUGCUGGCUGUGUAAAGAUCCCUUUGAGUAAUUGGUGGGCGUAAUAUUCUCAUCUUUAUUUUAUCAGUUUAUCACAGGGUUUUAUAUAUAUUUUAAGGGGUGUUUGCCUCAUGUAAUGUCAUGGUAUCAUAUCUCAAUAAUGGAAGGUUGUUCUUCUGUGUUCUACAUGAUUUA